AGCACGGUGGGUCAUCAAUCCUGUCCUUGCUUGUCAGCCGGCGCCCUUCCGCUGCAGUCACCGAACUGGGGCCCAGCGCCCGGGGUCACUACCAUGGAAGUCUGGCUGGCGCGCCUGCUCCUCUGUGCUGUGGUGGUGAACAGCUCUGCAGGUAGCCAUGAACUUGGAGAUUCUGAUGAAUCAAACUGUGGCUGUCAGAAUGGAGGAACAUGCGUGUCCUACAAGUACUUCUCCAGCAUUCGCCGAUGCAGCUGCCCAAAGAAAUUCCAAGGGGAGCACUGUGAGAUAGAUACCUCAAAAACCUGCUAUCAUGGAAAUGGUCAAUCUUACCGAGGAAAGGCCAACACUGACACCAAAGGCCGGGCCUGUCUGGCCUGGAAUGCCCCUACUGUCCUUCAGAAAACCUACCAUGCCCACAGACCUGAUGCUCUUAGCCUAGGCCUGGGGAAACACAAUUACUGCAGGAACCCUGACAACCAGAGGCGACCCUGGUGCUAUGUGCAGAUUGGCAUGAAACAGUUUGUCCAAGAAUGCAUGGUUCAUGACUGCUCUGUUAGCAAAAAACCCUCUUCCUCCCUAGACCAACAUGGGUUCCAGUGUGGCCAGAAGGCUCUAAGGCCCCGCUUUAAGAUUGUUGGGGGAGAGUUCACGGUCGUUGAGAACCAGCCCUGGUUUGCAGCCAUCUACAGGAAGAACAGGGGGGGGAGUCCUCCCACCUUCAUAUGUGGUGGCAGCCUCAUCAGUCCUUGCUGGGUGGCCAGUGCCACGCAUUGCUUCAUUAAUCACCCAAAGAAGGAAGACUACGUGGUCUAUCUGGGUCAGUCAAAGCGGAACAGCUAUAACCCUGGAGAGACGAAGCUUGAGGUAGAGAAGCUCAUCUUGCACGAGGAUUACAGUGCUGACAGCCUGGCCCACCAUAAUGAUAUUGCCUUGCUGAAGAUACGUACCAGCAUGGGCCAUUGUGCACAGCCAUCUAGAUCCAUACAGACCAUCUGCCUGCCCCCAAGGUUUAGUGAUCCCAGUUUUGGUUCAAACUGUGAGAUCACUGGCUUUGGACAAGAGAGUGAAACUGACUAUCUCUACCCAAAGAACUUGAAAAUGUCAGUUGUAAAGGUUAUUUCCCAUGAAGAGUGUAAGCAACCCCACUACUAUGGCUCUGAAGUCACUUAUAAAAUGCUGUGUGCUGCUGAUCCACAGUGGGAAACAGAUUCCUGCCAGGGAGAUUCUGGAGGACCUCUUGUCUGUAACAUCAAUGGCCGCCCAACUCUGAGUGGGAUUGUGAGCUGGGGCCGCGGAUGUGCGCUAAAAGACAAGCCAGGUGUCUACACGAGGGUCUCAUACUUCCUAAGCUGGAUUCAGUCCCAUAUUGGAGAAGAGAAUGGCCUAGCCUUCUGAUGGCCUCCAGGUAGCUGAAGGGAGAAGCAUAUGGGUCACUCAUUUCCAUGCUGACCAUCAUCUCUGCAGCAGGGUCAUCUUCGUCAAACAGAGGGAAGAAGCCAAGAAAGAUAGGCUCUGCAUUGGUCAUUUGCUUGUGCUGCACCCCCAUGGUGAGCACCAAUAACUUUACCCUCAGACACAGGCCUGGGUGCUGGCCACCCAGGCUCUCCUAACCAGGAUGGAAAGUUGGUCCUGACGCAGGAUGAUAUUGAGCAGGAGUUGUCUUUUUAUGGACUAAAGCCAUCUGUAGUUUUAAAAAGUCUCCUGUGUAAGUGUAGGAGGAGAGCUGGUUCCUCUAACGGGUCAUUCAUGAGGUCUGCUGUUGGGAAAUAAAUGAUUUCCCAACUAGGAAGUGUAAUAGCUGAGGUAUUUUAAGGGGGCUUGUCUAAUAUGAGAACAGUGGUUUGAGGAGUAGAGACACUAAUGACUUAAGGGAACAACUCUAGCAUUCUAUGAACAGAUCAGGAAAUCAUAUAUAAUGUGUGUAUGUGUGUUUACUGUGAACAGGCUGUAUGAGCCUGAGCAAAAGCUGAUUUAUUCCUGUGUAUAAUGGCAAGUCUAGGUAUUUCCCUAACUCUGGACUGUGAUGUGGGGGCCCUCUUGGUCUUGCAUGUAAUGCUCCAUGUGAAUGUACCAUUCUCGGGCAUGACCUGUGACCAGCACUAAACGUCUGUUUCACUUUUUACGUGGAUGUCCACUUAUUGGCCAGAUGUCUUUUUUACUAGUCAGCCUGUUCAUCCAAUCCUCACUGGGUGGGGUAAGGACCACUCCUAUAUACUUAAUAUUUAAUAAUUAUGUUCUGCUAUUUUAUUUAUAUCUAUUUUUAUAAUUCUGAAUACAGGUGAUUAAUAAAAUGUGAUUUUUCUGAA